AACGGAUGCAGGCGGUUGUAUUAUCUGAACGGAUCCGUCUGUGCAGAUCCAUGAUGGAUCCGCACCAAACGCGAGUGUGAAAAUAGCCAAAAUUAUACGAAAGCGUCUUAGCAUGAGCUGUGCUGAGGACACGAUCACCAGGGACGAGAUCCUGGACUGUACACAAAUCUUCGCCUCCCUUGUGCUGCUGUUAUUCCUUAUGCCCCUGCCCCUCCAGCUCUCACUCUCUCAGCACCAGUCCUAUCGCAGAUUGUUUCCUGUGCAGAGUCCUCCCCUGUCACGUAAUGCAGCCUUAUUGGUCGCCCCUGUCACAAUAUCUCGCCCUGGGCUGGGCCAGCUCCAGUAUAUUACUGACAGGCUCGUGGAGUCCUGAGUUUACAGAAGAAACACUAUCUAGCUGCAAGCUUCCAGAUAUUGUUUGCUUUCUUAGACUCUAAUCGGAUACUACAUAUACAAACAGGAAAAUGCCCAGGAGGGAAAGAGAACUCUUUGGCCCUUGGCUAAUUCGACAGAUCAACAGCAACAAAUUUGAAGGUGUUCGGUGGUUGGACGAAAGUCGAACAUUAUUCCGCGUGCCAUGGAAGCACCUUAAUAUGAGAAAUGCAGAUGAGAGGGAUUAUGGGAUAUUCAAGGCUUGGGCUAUUUGCAGUGGAAAGUAUCAUCCAGAUUUUGAGGAGCCCCCUACUUGGAAAACAAAUUUCCGUUGUGCCCUAAAUCAGGUGCUAUACCGCAACACUAAAAUGUUCUCUGAAAGGGAAGAUAAUUCAAGUGACCAAAGAGAUCCUCAUAAAAUAUAUAGGUUCCAUGGCGCUCAUGAGGAUCUGCCUGCAUCAAAUCCAAUAGCCGCCACCUUCAAUGAAACCCCUAAUAAUCCAGAAGAGCAAAGUCUUCUCGAUGAGUUAAACGAUGAAGACUACACACUAGACAUAAGUCCGAAUUCUGUACUGGAUGCCCCAUUUUCCAGUCCUGAGGAAUCGGAAGUCAUUGCUGAGCUAAUGAGAAAUAUUUUGCUGGAGCCAACAGAAAACAGCAUACAGCAAGUACUAAACCUCUCACAGGACGAGUAUCCUCAAGGUGACCCACACGUGGAUCAGGUUUUCAAACAGUCCACACAUGAGCAGUGGGCAAAUUCACAAUUGAUGGAAUCGCAUGUUGUUAAUGGCCAUGAGCAAACCCCCCACGAGGAGCCGUCCAUCCAUAUUCCAGUAUUUCGUCAGCAAUGUGAACAAUACCAAAUGUGUAACAUUUAUCCGAAUGGAUACCCACAAAAUAUGGCUGUGAACCAUUUCUUCCAACAGAUGUCUGCGCUCUCACAUUUCCAACAACCACCAGUUCUUAAUGGUUUGGUUUCAGGACUGCAUGAGCCUCCAGUCAUUCAACAUAAUGGAUACCAACAAGCGAUACAAGCGACUGGCAACAAUGGAUGUCCACAGGAUGAGUCACGAGUAGUGCAAAGUAUCAACCCUUCUCCAAAUUAUUCCUAUCGUCCCACCAAUGAAGAGAGUGCAAGAUCAUCACCGGCCAGUCACAAUAUACCCAUUGUUAAUGGAUCUGGAGAGGCUUCUGCACCAGAAACCCAAGCGACCUUACUGAGUCAACAAAGGAGAUAUCCACCUAUCACAUCCUGGGAAGUUACUAUAUAUUAUCGCGGAAAGGAGGUCCUAAAAGAAAAUGUGUCCAAAAAAUUCUUCAUCACAAGAGAUGUUGACGAUGUCCAUAUGGGGCACACAGAGGCUGUCCAAUUCCCUUCAACAGAUGUGCUUGUAGAUCAUGUACAGUUGAAGUACACUAAUGACAUCCUCAGCUGUGUUGGGAAAGGUCUUCUAGUGGAAGUCAAUCCUCAUGAUUACAAGGUUUACGCUACAAGAACGGGCAAGUCAAGAGUUUUCUGGAGCCUUUCUGAAAGUGUAAAAACCCAGGACACGGCUUCAGAGGCCAAGAUGCUCAUCAGAGAUGUCCCAACAGAGAUAUUUGACUUCAGCCAGUUUUGGGAAGAGUUAAAAGCUUACAUGCACCACAGAAGGUCAUCACCAGACUACACUAUAUAUCUGACAUUUGGACAGACUCUGCUUGAGCCGGUCAUGAAGAAAUUUGUGCUAGUGAAGCUUGUUCCGAAUUUUUGCACAUUUAUGCAUCAUCUUGCCCAGCAGAAUGGUGCUUCAUCGCUGCACUCAGAGGUCGUCAGUCUUCAGAUCUCAAACGGAAGUUCCUUCAACAGUUUCGACCUAAAUGGGCCUUGUUUAAUGGAUCUUGACCUCCCAGAUUUACUUUAAGGUGUUCCUGUAUUCUCCGGAGGUUCUAAGGCCCUCUUGUCUUUUUGUAGUAGCAGGGAGAGGAAUGAUACGUUGUUGCCCUUUAUGUAAAACUUAUUCUCUCUUUGAUCUAAUGUUUUUACUGUUUAGCUACUUGAAAGGGAUGGCCAGCUGUUCACCUGAAGGUACAUGCAUGGGAUGUGUAAUCAAUGGACAGCAGUGGUCUCCUCAACAUCCAUAGGAUGGUAGGGUAAAAUGUGGGUGGUCGCAAUCACAUGGUUUAUCCAAGUGACUGCUUCCCAAGGUUGUUCUUGAUGCAUCCAUUACUGUGCACUGAACAGUAGUUGAAUGCGUCCAGCGCUGUCCAAAUACAGCGAGCAGAGUCGCCUCUGUCUGCACUUGCUCAGGACAUGUUAAGUUUCUGGUCAGCAGGUGUGCAGAAGAAUGUUCAAGGAAAAGUGCAGAAGCUUUUAUGUGGUUAAAUCAUGUGACCGCUGCCAUCUUACAUGGACGCAGAGACCAUCACCAUUCAUUUUUAUACUUGUACAUCCCAUCCCUGGACAGCAGGGCAUCUUCAGGUUAACAGCUGAGGUAAGGGAUAAGUCAAGUUACACCUCUAUGUGAUACAACAUAGCGGUUUAUGGCAGGUUCAGUAGACAGCCCCUUUUCCCUCAAGGCCCCAUGUGCUCACCUGGCCUCAUGGAUAGUGCAUUCCUGAGGGAAGGGCUGUUACAGGUAGCGUGCUGGGUCAUCUCAGUUUAAGAGGCGCCACUGGAAGCAUGUAUAGCAUGCUAUACAUGAACAUGACAUUGUAUAUUAAACAUUAUGUAGAUAUUUAACUUAUUUUUAGCUACAAUGAUUACUGGAUAACACAUUUUAGCUACACUUUAUAGGAGGAUGUUCUGCUGGUCUGUUGGACUUCUACCAUGUGGAGAAGAUCUUCUAAAAUCAUAUCUGUCCUGGAAGCCAUUAUUGCCAGGGUGGCCACACAUUUCACUGAAGAGGAAAUAUAGUAUCACUGUAAGAGCUCAUUCAGCCGGCCGUGUGCUGACCGCAAAAAUUGACAGUUGAACAUGUCCACAAAAAAAAAAAAUGUUUGCAUUCCGCAUUUUUGUGGACCCGUAGACUUUAAUAGAGCCACGCCCUGAUUUUCACUGACAAGUAUAGGACAUGUUUUUAUUUGUUUUGCGGAGCCAUAGAACGGAAGAAAAGGGACCAAUAGGAGUGAAUAGGUCAGCAUCUAAUCCGCAAAAAAAUGGAUCCGCAUUUUUGCGGAGAGCAUACGGCCGUCUGAAUGAGCCCUAAGGCUGGGGCUACAUGGCAAUGUUAGUGUACUGUCCAUCGCUGCAUAAUGAAAAUGAAAGAAGUUGUGUUUCUAUUCACAAGCUCCAGCAACCACGACACAUGGUUCUCCAGGAAUUCAGCAGGCUUGAAUUUGUAGCAAUUCACGUGUGGUGGUCGUAGCAAAUUGGGAGUUGCAAGGUGACCUCAUUCACUUCGAUUUCUAUAAGUAUCAAUAAACAUACGCAUUGAGUAAAUGACUGACUUCAUCCAAUGUAACUGAGAUUUAUGCUACACCACAUCUGAAAGUGGCAUAAAAUCACGUAUGACAGUCAUGUCAUGUAAAUAUAAAGUAGUAAAAAUCACAUACAACUUUGAUUAUCACAGCAAAAUUCACACUCUGCUCAUAAGUCACAUAAAAUUCUUUUUUUCAUGGGUUAUUAUAGAAACUACAUAGCAAACUGCCUCGCCGCCCCCUUUAAGUGGCCCGGCUGGUAUUUGUUUUAGAGCCCAUCAAACCAUAUGCAAGUAACGCAAUAGAAAAUAGAGGAUGAUCUUUUAUUUGUAUUUUGUAUAAAUAGCUGUUAUUUAGUCAGAGAUAUUUUGUAAGUUUAUGUUUUGUUAAUAGAUAUAUAUACAAUA